GCCACAGAAAUCGGGGAGAUUGAUUCUUGCAAAACAGAUGCAUCAGCAUGGAACGCAGAUCUGGGGCGAUGGAUCAUUACACAGUUGAUUGAUUAUUCAUGCUGCGGGGCAGCUGCAAUGAUUGGGUGGUGUCUUCAUGGCUCCAAUCCUAGUCCAGCUGUUCAAGCUGGCAAGAUCGGAAUGGGGCUGCUAUCCUGGAGACUGCUCUUGUGCAUGACUCUGAGCGCCGUCCUUUCCAUUGCCUUGAUUUACGUCCGUGAACUAAUUCAUUUUUGGUUUUUGGGAAGUCUGGUUCCAAGGUCCAAACAGAACAGCAAGCAGCUGACCAAGAUGGAUAUCAUGUUUGUGCUUCAAACAGCCAUUGUAUCCAUCUGUACCUUUUGCAUCAUUGAAUACCAUGGUUUGACCUAUACUGAGACCAACAAGUUCGGCAACGGCAGCAACUUUAUCUGGUUCUUGGUUGCAGAGGUAUAUCUCCCGUUCUACACUUUGCUGGUUCUGCGAGAUGUUGUCUUCUUGUGGCCUUUCCACCAGCUGCUGCAUACCAAGUACUUUUACCACUUGCACAAAACCCACCACAGCAUUGGCAAAGACGCCCAAGGCAUGCACGCCUUCUACAUUGAUAUCUUUGAUUUGCUGAUUGAAAACGCAGGAGCCCCUGCCUUGCUUCUGGCCUUUCAGUAUUUCAGCGGCAGUGAGGUGGGCUUUCACCUACUGGUUCCCUAUCUACUAUCCUUUCAUGAUGGCGCCCUGCAUUCUGUUAGUCCCUAUUCCGCCAUGUACUUUUGCCCAAUCUUGGAUUAUGUCUUGAAGCCUACCAUUCAUCACCAGCUUCACCACGCCAUCCCUCACAACAAGGACUACCUCUUGUUUGUCCCAUAUCGUCACUUGAUUCCUCGCCACAGGCAGGCAGACAUUGCUUACUUCAAUAAGGUCUUUGACACAAACUUUUACUCUUCAGAGAAACAACAGACAACUCAACAAGGGUCACCCCGCUGCCACAACGAACGCAACAUUGUGGUCGCACCAUCCGCCUAG